UUAGAAAGACAGCCCUCACAAUCUGUAUCCACUCCUGGCUUCACUGACUGACUGCUGCCCCUGUAAUAAACCACUCAGAAACUGAAUACCUCAAUAAAUAAAAAGGGAUCUCAUAAGAGGUGAGAUGAAUCUUGAAGAGUAUUUUGCAAGAACUGGCUAUAAAGGCUCCACUGAAAAACAAGAUUUGGAAACCUUAACUGAUAUAUUCCAGCACCACAUCCGUGCCGUUCCCUUCGAAAACCUCAGCAUCCACUGCGGGGAGAAAAUUACUUUGGAGUUGGAGCACGUUUACAACAAGAUUGUGCAAAGGAAGCGGGGUGGCUGGUGCAUGGAAAACAACCAGCUGCUGGGCUGGGUGCUGAAGGGCCUGGGGUACGACACCAGCUUCCUGGGAGCGUACGUGUUCAACCCCCACCAGAACGCCUACGCCACCCUCAUGACCCACCUCGUAGUGAAGGUCGUCAUCGAUGGCAAAGCCUAUAUCGUUGAUGGAGGCUUUGGGGUGUCCUACCAGAUGUGGCAACCCAUGGAGCUUGUGUCAGGGAAAGACCAGCCGCAGGUUCCCGGCGUCUUCCGCUUCACGGAAAAAAACGGUGUCUGGUACCUGGAGAAAAUGAGACGGAAACAAUACAUCCCCAAUCAGAGCUUCUCCAACUCUGACCUGCUGGAGAAAAACGAGUGUCGUAAAGUUUAUAUGUUCAGCCUUGAGCCACAGACGGUGGAAGAUUUCCGUUUCCAGUGCACAUACCUCCAGACCUCUCCAGAUUCCCUCUUCACAAAGAAGUCCAUCUGUGCCCUCCAGACCACCCAUGGAUUCCGAGCGCUAAUUGGGUGGACGUUCACUGAAACCACGUACAACUACAAAGAAAACAUGGAUCUGGUAGAAUUUGUAGCUCUUGAAGAUGAAGAGGUGGAAAAAACCCUCAAAGAGAAAUUCAACAUCACCCUUGAGAGAAAACUUGUCCCCAUUAAUAUUAAAGGAUCUUACACAAUCUAGAUGGCCAGGAAAACCUACAGUAAUGCUAUGUGUGUACAGCACCUUCCACUGUCUGUGCAAUCCCUACUGGAAGGUUAUGGGAUUCUUUUGCAGGUGACUGAAGGAUAUAUACAUUAAUUUGAGAUUAAUGUGAAUUUCACUUUGGGAAAAAUCAGGAAUUUAAGACUCUUGAGUCAGUUAGGUGAAAUGAUUUUCUGGGAGAUGACUGCUGUUCAAUUUUUGGCACAAAUGCAGGAUUUGAUUUGAAUCUGGUUAUAAGCUUGGGUAAGAAAUAUGGCUUGGGAAUUUUGGACUGCCUGUAGCACAUGAGUAUGGAUUAUUAAUUGUGAUACGCUGCCAACACAUUUUCUAAAGUUAUUAUAGGGAGACAAGUAAUCUGUGAGCAUUUAGACAAUGAAGUACACAUUUGAAACUUCAUUUUUCACAAGAUCCAACCACUCACAGCCCAUCUCAUUCCUCUACCCUUAAUAUGAGUAAAACAUUGUCAUCUUGGAAAGGAGCAUUAGGAGGCAUAAUUCUUUCACCAUCAUCCUUAGACAAACCAUAGUACAAAAUGAAAAUCAUCAUCAUGUGCAUCCCUCUGGCCAUUACUGCAGUAAACUGCCCCAAGUAAUUUUUGGUAUGUAGCUAUUCUUCUGGUGAUGAAAAUUCUAUAUAUUGCAGUGUUUUGUGGCUGAUGGGCUCUAAGGAGAUAACUGCUAAGCUUUGUUCUGAGAUAUAAUCAUCCUAUAAACUGUGACUGGUACUUAAAUGUCACAGCUGGCUUAGAUUUACUUUUGUCCCAAAAGGGGUGGAAAUUCUGUACUUUUAGGACUGCAUUAUAUUUGUAUAUGAAGCUAAGCCCACUAUACCCUUAAUUUUGUCCUGCAAACAUGAGUGUCCAUAUGGCUCUCCUGAAUGGACACGCAGCACAGAAACUUUAAUGCCAUUAGUGUUUGUUCAUCUGUAUCAAAGUGAAAAAAAACAAAACUAAAACAAGGAGCCAGCCAAAUCUAAAGGAACCCUUUUCUUUUUUCACAAUCAUGUUUCCCCAUUUUUCAGAAAAUAUUGUUCCUCCUACCAUGCUUCUCUGCAAAAAGCCCAACCAAGGAAACCACUAAGAAAGAGGAAACAUUCUUAAAAGCAUAAAAAAAAAAUAAUUUGAUCAUUAAUCUCACAAUCUGUAAGUGUAUACCUGAUAAUAAAUAAAAGGCAAAUAAAGACAUUACGAGUUGUUU